AUGACUGCGCGGGAUCCAUCUGAUCAGGUCCGUCAAAAUGUGUCUGCAUGGCUCAACACCACGCCAUAUGCAGCUUCUUCACUCGAAACCUUGGUUGGUGGACAAGCCAACUUCACAUAUCGCGCUCACCUGAUUAACCCACUGAGUGAUGGGGCGACUGAGGUUGUUGUCAAGCAUGGCGAGCCAUAUAUGGCGCGUCAUCCCGCAAAUGCCGUCACUGUUAACCGAUGCGACGUCGAAGGAGAAAUUUUGUCAGAACUAUUUGCCAAUGCCAUAGACGUGGGGCAGUCUGACAGUAUCACAUAUAUCGUCCGAACAACAAAGCCUUAUGCAUACGACGCUGAAACGAAGACCUUGGUCAUUGAGUACCUUCGCAAUGUCGUAGAUCUCAAGACCUAUUCCUUGAAUCACUUCCCAUCGCCGACACCUGAGUACUUACACAAAUCUGCCCACGAACUGGGCAAAACAUUAGCAAUAUACAUUGCUAAAUUUCAUGACACGUCAAGAGAGAUCGUCCAGAACUCGCGAAAAGACAAGCAUACGCAACAGCCGUCAGGUUUCAACAGGGUGAUUGAUAACAGCAACGAAAUGCAGAAGCUGAAACAUUGGAUUAACUUCGAUUGGAUGAUCGGUCGUGUUGACCAGUUCCCUAAGAUUCUGUCCGAAGCAAAGGAAACUCUCCAGCUUGUCAAAAACAUGGCACUAAAGGAGCUGAAAGAUCCGUCUGCGGACCUAACACUGAUUCAUGGCGACUAUCACCCACAGAACAUCCUACUGGAAGAUUCCUGUCUUGAAACUGGAACUACCAGAACCCUGUACAUUAUCGACUGGGAAAACGCACACGUCGGUGUUCCGAGCCUCGAUCACGGCGGGAUGCUGGGCGAAAUGUAUGUAAUCUGGAAAUACAAACACAUCGACGCUGGGCUAUGGAUGUUUCAAGGCUACGCCGAGGGACUUGGAAUGCAGUCGGAGGAAUCUGCAUGGCGAGUGGCCCUUCAAGUAGGCGUGCAUCUCUUGAGCUUUGGUACUUUGGCAUCGGGUUGGGGUACAACUGACGAGGUUGAAGAUAUGGCUCGUCUGGCAAAGGAUGUCAUUGUAAAGGCUUGGGCCAAGGAUAGGAAUUGGUUUGAUCACAGCGAGUUUGCAUGCUUGUUUGCAGAUACUCCUAAGAUUGAAGACUAA